AUGGCGUCCAUGUCGGAGCUCUACGACGCGGCGGCGCUCGCGCGGAGCUCCGGGGCGGCGGGCGCCGCGGCGUGGCACGCCCAGGGGUCGCUGGCGGCGACGGCCGCGGAGCUGGACCUCGCGCGCGUCGACGCGGGCGUCGCCGCGGCGGCCGCGGCCCUCGAGGAGGGCGGCCUCGACGCCGCGGGCAGCGCGGCGGGGAGCGAGGCCUACGGCGGCCGCCGCGCGGACCUCCGCGCCGCGCUCGCGGCCGUCGGCGCCGCGCCGCUCCCGCGGCUCGCGGGCCUCGACUGGCGCCUCGACUACGUCGUCCGCGCGUCCGACGGCGCGCCGAAGCUCGUCCCCGUCUACUACGUGACCCUGCGCCUCGCCGCGGACGGCGCCGGCGACGGCCGCGGCGCCGCGCCCCGCGACGACGCCGCGACGCUCACGCUCUCCGUGGAGCAGAUGAGCGACUUCCUCCUCAUGGUCCGCGACGCGAACCACCAGGCCCAGCGCCUGACCUCGCCCUGA